AGAGCUCCUAAGAGGCAGCCUUAACUCAAAAUAAGAGGGUGUUUUGUAACUGUCUGUGGCCCGCGGACUCCUCCUCCGCCUAACUCAGUAGCAACGUUCUGGUUGAGUCCCGUUUGCCUUGUGCUAGCAAAUACUGUAGCAGAUUUUUUUUGUGAAAGUGUUACGAAGAGCCAACAAAGGGGUUGGCUCAUUAUACCCCGUCCUGUCUACCACUAAAUUGUUGUUCGGAAAUGUAUAGGGCUGGUGGUUGCAAUUAGCCAAGUUAUCGUUACAUUUGAGAGAGGUUACAUUUGACAGCUCGCCACCUGGGACAGGGAGCUUUGCCUCUGCCUUACCCAUGAUGGCGACCCAAGAAGCGGACAUGUCGCGGCGCAGUAUGAGGCUGGUUUUAGGGGGAUACUACCACCAGUCAUCAGACGAUGAUGAGUCCUCCUCAGUUUCCUACAGGGAGAGCCCCGUGAGGGUUUUUACUAAGAGGAAGACAGGUGGUCGUAAAGUGGCGGCCUCUCGUACCUCCAGCCGGGCCAACAGCGUGGCUAGCACCGCUAGCAGCAAGGGUAGUACAGUGGAGCCACCCAUCAAUGCUGAGGACUACAUUGGGGUCUCAAGCUUGGUUCAGAGAAGGAAGACCUUCCAGGAACCUCUUGCCCCAGCACCCAGCCUGAACCAGGCUCCCAGCCCCAGGGGCUUCUCGUCCUGCCAGACCGGCCUGAACCAGGCCCAGAGCCAGAGCAGCGCCAUGGACAGCUCUGGUUACUCCUCUUCAGAGGCAAGACGUUAUAGAGGAUACUCUGGAGACUCCUCCUUAGGCGAACAAAGGGCUAGUGCCAGCCAGAGAUCUGGCACUAACAGGACAAGUGCUAGUGCCAAUUGGACCCCUCCGUUUAUCCCGGCCGAUGUGGGGAAGGCCAUUCUAAUUGCCAUCCUCCUCAUCCUAUUGACCUUUGGCUGCUGGCUCCUUGCCCCCUUGGUAUGGGCCACUCUGACUUCAGCCCUGAAUGCUAUCACUAUGACCCUGAACCGAUCUGUCAUCACCCCAACUCCGCCACCUGUCUUCACUACGCCACCUGUCAAGGCUAUGGAUGGAGCUUCGGUAUUGCAUUCUGCUCUGGAAGCCAAGAUGAACACCAUCCUGAGAGAAAUUGAAAUUCUUAAGAAGAAGGAACACCAGCAGAAAUUUGUAACCGAGAUGGUAGAGAGACUGCAGACAGACUUGGCAGACGUGAGAACAGACAUGAGGGACGUGAGAGUGAGAGUGGACAGUGUGAAUCCACUGGAUUGGGAGCAUCGUUUGAGCGAGCAGACAGCCGGCUUCAUCAGUCAGGUGGGCGAACUGAAGGACCAACACACACACGUCAAUCAGCGAGUCGCUGCCCUGGAGGACCAGAGUGCCACGCUGGGGAAGCAGGUCUACUCUGUUCAGAACCAGCCUCCUCCAGCUCCCAACCCCACCACAGCCAACACACACCUGACCCCUGAGCUUGAAGAGGCCAUGGCCAAAUGGCUGCAUGAGAAUGUGCCCCAGAAUGAGCCACGGAUGGUGAAAGAGGUUGUGAAGAACUGCAGUCCCCUAUUGGCUGACAGGAUGCCAGACUUUGCCUUGGAGUCCCAAGGUGCCAGUGUUGUGAGCACACGGUGUUCCGAGACCUACCGUACCCGCUCGGCAUGCGUGUCCUUCCUGGGUGUACCCCUCUGGUACCCCUCUGAGAACCCCCGCACUGUUAUCCAGGGUCAGGCGGUGCAAGCUGGGAAGUGCUGGGCGUUCUACGGAGCGCAGGGCACCCUGGUCAUCGCCCUAUCUCAUCCUGCCCACAUCACCCACGUCACACUGGAGCAUCUCCCGGUCUCCAACGCGCCCACUGGACGCAUCGACAGCGCGCCCAAGGCCUUCUCUGUCUACGGUAUGUCCACUGAGACAGAAGACGGCACCUGGCUGGGAACCUUCACUUAUGACCAGCACGGAGGGGCAAUCCAGACCUUCCAACUGCCUAAUCCUACCAGGGCCAUCUAUUAUUUCGUGGAGCUACGCGUUCUGAGUAACUGGGGUCACCUGGAGUACACAUGCGUGUACCGCUUCCGUGUGCACGGACACAUGCCCUCCUCCUCCAAGUGAGAGACGUUCAUUGUCCAUCUCAACCGCAGACCUCCGAGGCUUCGCUUUCAUAUCAGAGCAACCAUUCUAAAUAAAUGUCUUUAUUUGGCGUAAUCAGGAUGGCUUCCUAAACUGGCCUCUGCCGGGUGUGAGGUCAGAGGUCUGCAAGGUUUUGUUACAAUUUGCAGUUUCAUUUCUGGCAGAGGUAUUGACCUGGCUAAUAGGCGUGUGGGGAUGGGUUUUUGAAAGUUUCAAAUUGAACUGUUUGUGUUUGUGUGUGUGUGUGUGUGUGUGUGUGUGUGUGUGUGUGUAUGCUUUUGAGCAUUGAUUAUUUGUUUGCAUUUUAACGCCCGGCCACAGCGGACAAAGAUUUCAGAUUUGUACUUUGAAUGUGUGUUUGUGACAAUCCCUCCUGGGUUAGUGGGCUCUUAUUUUGUUUAAUUUCAUCUGUCUUAAAAUGAUAUACAAAAGUUUAAUUAUGGUUAAAAAGAACGUUGUUGGAUGUAUAUAUUGCAAGAAUCAGGAUGUAUUGUUCAUUAUUUUAUUAGUCCGAUAAGAAUAGGAUGUAAUAUGUUUGUAAAUGAUUUUUCUGUUGGCCUGAAUGGUUACGUCUCGACCCACCUUGCCAAUAGGCUUCCUAUUACAGGAUGAACUAUAUGAUUGUAGAUGCUUUCUACUUUGCAUUUGGUAAUGCACUGGUGUUUCAAUGUCCUUUAUAAUAAUACUAGAGACUAGAGACUAGAGAGAGUAUUAUCUUUCACAUUCAUGGUAUCUAAUUGGUAGUUACCGUCUUGUCUCAUCGCUGCAUCCCCCGUAUGGGCGAGGGUCGAGAGCCCCGCGUCUUCCGAAACACAACCCAACCAAGCCGCACUGCUUCUUGACACAAUGCCCACUAAAUCCGGAAGCCAGCCGCACCAAUGUGUCGGAGGAAACGCCAUACACCUGGCGACCGUGUCAGCAUGCACUGCGCCUGGUGUGCGACAGGAGUCGCUAGUCCGCGAUGGGACAAGAACAUCCCUGCCGGCCAAACCCUUUCCUAAUCCGGAUGACGCUGGGCCAAUUGUGUGCUGCUCCAUGGGUCUUCCAGUCGGGCUGGCUGCGACAGAGCCUGGACUCUCCUAGAAUCUCUAGUGGCACAGCUAGCACUGCAAUGCAGGGCCUUAGACCACUGUGCCACUCAGGAGGCCUGGAACAUAUUGUCUGAAUUUUAAAAAACAGCUUAGUUUACAUGACCUGCAGCAUUUAUUUUGUCUUAAUUUUGACCAAUUUUGAUCAGUUUAAUAGUAAAUACAUAAUUGCUCUUACCAAUUUUACUGCAAUACUUGAAUAACUUUCACCUCAAAGCAAUGAGUCCAUUGCAAUGAUGUCUAAAUGUCAGGCUUUUCUACUUCUAAACAUUUGUAAAUAGCAAAAAAGUAACCUUGUACUUUUUGCUAGUGUUUGAUGAAAAUAAUCAGGAACUUUUUUUAUUUCAUGUUUACAAUUACAGUAUUAUGUGCAGCAGUGGUAGCUAUAGACUAGCAAACGACUGAUCACAAAAAUAACCUAUACAGUAUGAAUGGCUCUCGAUAGCAUUUUAUUUCGGUAUUGUGUUUUUCUGAUGUUACGGCAGUGAAACAUCAAACUUAACGCUGGGUCAAUUUGAAGUUUGUCCAAAUAAAACAGAAUAUAAGUAAAUAAUUUCCCCAUAGGAAUGUAGUUCAAUACCUGAAAUGACUGGCUAUGUAUCCACCUCAUUUUCAAAUGCUUUUAAAACACGGAAGCCUUAUGCGGAAACUAUGGUUACAACUUCCUCCUAAUCAUAAUUCAUAUAUACAGUACCAGUCAAAAGUUUGGAGACACCUACUCAUUGAAGUCUUUUUAUUUGUACUAUUUUCUACGUUGUGGAUUAAUAGUGAAGACAUCAACACUAUGAAAUAACACAUGGAAUCAUGCAGUAACCAAAAAAGUGAUAAACAUAUCAAAAUAUAUUUGAGUUUCUUCAAAGUAGCCACCCUUUGCCUUGAUGACAGCUUUGCACACGCUUGGCAUUCUCUCAACCAGCUUCACCUGGAAUGCUUUUCCAACCGUCUUCUAAGAGUUCCCACAUAUGCUGAGCUCUUGUUGGCUGCUUUUCCUUCACUCGGGGCGGCAGGUAUUAAUAGUGUUUCAUAUCUCCUCAGACUAAUAUUAUUCUGUUGGUCCUGUGGGUACCUUUGCCACUGUUCCACCCCUUGUUCCACCCCUUGUGUGUUUAAAACAAGAAAAACAUCCCAAACCAUCUCAAUUGGGUUGAGGUCGGGUGAUUGUGGAGGCCAAGUCAUCUGAUGCAGCACUCCAUCACUCUCCUUGAUCAAAUAGCCCUUACACAGCCUGAAGGUGUGUUGGGUCAUUGUUCUGUUAAAAAAACAAAUGAUUGUCCCACUAAGCGCAAACCAGAUGGGAUGGCGUAUCGCUGCAGAAUGCUGGGGUAGCCAUGCUGGUUAAGUGUGCCUUGAAUUCUAAAUAAAUCACAGAUCGUGUCACCAGUAAAGCACCAUCACACCUCCUCCUCCAUACAGACCAUACGUUCACCUACUCUGCGUCUCACAAACACACGGCGGUUAGAACCAAAAAUCACAAAUUUGGACUCAUCAGACCAAAGGAACAGAUUCACACCGGUCUAAUGUCAAUUGCUUGUGUUUCUUGGCCCAAACAAAACUCUUCUUAUUGGUGUCCUUUACUAGUGGUUUCUUUGCAGCAAUUCGACCAUGAAGGCCUGAUUCACGCAGUCUGCUCUGAACAGUUGAUGUUGAGAUUUGUCUGUUUCUUGAACUCUGUGAAGCAUUUAUUUGGGCUGCAAUUUCUGAGGCUGGUAACUCUAAUGAAAUUAUCCUCUGCAGCAGGUAACUCUGGGUCUUUCCUGUGGCGGUCCUCUUGAGAGCCAGUUUCAUCAUAGCGUUUGAUGGUUUUUGCAACUGCACUGGAAGAAAACUUUCAGAGUUCUUAAUGUUCCAUAUUGACUAACCUUCAUGUCUUUAAAGUAAUGAUGGACUGUCGUUUCUCUUUGCUAAUUUUGCUGUUCUUGCCAUAAUAUGGACUUGGUAUUUUGGCAAAUAGGGCUAUGUUCUGUAUACCAUCCCUACCUGGUCACAACACAACCGAUUGGCUCAAACACAUUAAGAAGGAAAGAAAUUUCACAAAUGAACUUUUAAUGCACACCUGUUAAUUGAAAUGCAUUCCAGGUGACUACCUCAUGAAGCUGGUUGAGAGAAUUCCAAGAGUGUGCAAAGCUGUCAUCAAGGCAAAGGGUGGCUACUUUGAAGAAUCUCAAAUAUAAAAUAUAUUUUGACUUGUUUAACACUGUUUUGGUUACUACAUGAUUCCAUAUGUGUUAUUUCAUAGUUGUGAUGUCUUCACUAUUAUUCUACAGUGUAGAAAGUAGUAACAAUGAAGAAACCCUGGAAUGAGUAGGUGUUUCCAAACUUUUGCCUGGGACAUAUAUACAUACAUUUAUAUACUGACUGUAUGACAUAUACUCUGAAAUGGAACAUACACAUUUUUGGGGGUUACUUUUCUGCAAUAGUGCUCUUUGACAGAGUGGCAUUUUGACAGGUACAUGAUCAGAUGUUUAGAAUUGGGACAUACUGUACUUAACCAAGUGUGUGUUAUAUUGGCACGAAAUGGGAUAAAACAUUUUCAAACAGGAAGGUAGUACCUGAAGUUGUUUAACAAUUCAGAAUUGUUUUGUGUUGCAAAAUUGUUGCUACAUUGUACCCAACUGAAUACGGCACAGGUGAACAUAAUGCUCAUGAUAUUGGUUUGUAUUUAUUUAACCAUGUGCAUAUCAAACGUAAUUGAAUGAAGGACAUUGUGUUAUUUAUGAGUUUUUCAAAUUCUCAGUGGUAUAUGAUAUUUAUUUGCUAUGGAUCAGGUCAUUGAUAAUGCAUCAAUAUUGUACCAUGUAAUUAAUGUAGGGUAAUGUAAAAUGACUGCAGAAGUCUUCCCUUGGACUGUUAAAUCCAAGUCCAGGCACUCGUGUGGUUUGAAAGUUAAAAAAUACUUUAAUUUAUGGGCUACACCAUUAUUAAAAUUGUAUCGGCUUACUGUGUCUGAUACAAAAUGGAGGAGAUGCAGUUGUAUAGCCUUGACUCACUUUGUAUCAGACACCCUGAUGAAGGCCUAAGCUGAUGCGCAUUAGUGUAUUUUAAUGUUGUAUCCCAUUAAUGAAACGCUUCCUAAAGUUCAAACCCACCAGGUUCCUUGACUUUGAUUGAUUAUGCCACUUAUCACUUAUUUGAUGUUAUAAUUUUCCCAUAUGCUUUUCAAUUCCUAUUCCCCUCAAAGAGCACCAGUGGUUGUUUUGUAAUACCUGUUGCGCUUCUGCUCUGUUUGUUUUUAAGGUGUUAUAGACAUUGGAGUGACAAAUAAAACUUCUCAACCCUGUU